ACCAAGGAGACGAGUCUCACACACACUUCCAGAAACCGGGGAGCAGAGGGGGGUAAAUCACGUGACCCGACAGCCGGAGCCCCCCCUUGAAUUCAGCUGCAGGUUCCCUUUGGAAUGGCCACAUCGGGGGACUGCCCAUACUCUGCAGCUUAACAUUUCACAUGUAUUAUCUUAUCCAUACAAGUCAUAAUACUUUUCUAUCACUCCUCGGCUGCUCAAUUCUUUGUCCAACCAUUGAAAAAUCAGAUGGUAAAGAUGAACCGCUAUACAACAUUCAAGCAGCUCGGAGAUGGCACAUAUGGGAGCGUGAUAAUGGGCAAAAGCAAUGAGUCUGGAGAACUUGUGGCUAUUAAAAGGAUGAAAAGAAAGUUCUAUUCUUGGGAUGAGUGCAUGAAUUUAAAAGAAGUAAAGUCUUUGAAGAAACUUAAUCAUGCUAAUGUGAUCAAACUGAAAGAGGUGAUCAGAGAAAACGACCAGCUGUACUUUGUAUUUGAAUACAUGAAAGAAAAUCUUUAUCAACUAAUGAAAGACAGAGAGAAUAAGAUGUUCACUGAGAAUGAAAUAAGGAACAUUAUGUUUCAGGUGCUCUCUGGUUUAGCCUUUAUACACAAGCAUGGGUUUUUUCAUCGUGAUAUGAAGCCAGAAAAUCUUCUAUGUAUGGGUCCUGAGCUGAUAAAAAUUGCUGAUUUUGGAUUAGUUCGGGAGCUGCGAUCUCAACCCCCUUAUACAGAUUACGUGUCUACCCGAUGGUACAGAGCUCCUGAGGUGUUGCUGAGGUCUCUGGUGUACAGCUCUCCAAUAGACAUUUGGGCAGUUGGCAGCAUCAUGGCUGAGCUGUAUACGCUUAGACCACUUUUCCCAGGAACAAGUGAGGUUGAUGAGAUCUUCAAAAUUUGCCAGGUUCUAGGUACACCAAAGAAGAAUGACUGGUCUGAAGGUUAUCAGCUUGCAGCUGCCAUGAAUUUCCGCAUCCCUCAGUGUGUACCUAUAAACUUGAAAACUCUGAUCCCAAAUGCUAGCGAAGAGGCGUUAACUCUGAUGAGAGACAUGCUGCAAUGGGACCCCAAGAAACGGCCCACGGCCAGUCAGGCUUUGAGGUACCCUUAUUUUCAAGUUGGACAAGCACUUGGACCUCCAGCACAAGUGGAUCAGAAAAAGCCUUUAGAUAAGCCGGUGCAAUCCACUGAACAGCCAUUAUCGGAGAUGAAAAAGAAAUCCUCCCCUCCAAAGGAAGCACCAGGAAAGAUAUUACCAAGUGACUCGCCUGCCCCCCACAGACCACUGCAGCAAAUACAGCUGCCACAAAACACAACCAACCACCAGCUGCCAUCCAUCGCUCCCCAAAUAGGACCCCCCAACAUCAGCAAAACCAUCUCUCCAAAGCCAGUCACCAAUGGGCCACAGAACAGUGCGGUGAACCUCAAACAUGGAAGACGACGAUGGGGCCAGUCCGUUUUGAAAGACAGCUGGGAUGAAUUUGAUAAAGACUUUGGUAUCUCAUUUUCUAAAAAGCCCAGCAUGACGAUGGUUAAAGAGAACAAAAAUGACGACACUUUAUAUGGUUUUACAGAUUCAAUUUCCACUGGAGAAUUAAAUAAAGGUUCUUCAAAUGUGGGAAUUAUAAGAACAGACUCUGGACAAACAACGUCCGCUAAACAGCACUACCUUAGACAGUCAAGAUAUCUACCAGGUAUGAACCCCAAGAAUGUGGGACUCGUAUCUGCCAAUAAAGAAGCAAAUCAUUCAACCUGGGGAAGCGCAUUAUCCACCAAACCACUUGCUCCGAUAGGCGGAAUUACAUUUAAUAGGAACAAUGCAGGACAUCUGGGAGGACUUGGAGUCCCUUCAUACAACACUACAGGAGGAUACAUCCCGUCAUUUCAUAAGAAGGAAGUUGGAUCAGCAGGACAGAGAAUACAACUUGCACCAAUUGGGCCUACAGCAACUUUGCCCAUCAACAGUGAUGCUGUGAACAGUAAACCUAAAAUUAUCAAACCAAAACCUACCUGCCAAAAGGCAGUUAUUGAGAAUAUCCCAGAUUACGACACAUGGAAAACAAAAGCCGCGCGUUCUCAGUUUCCUGCUCCGGCCUACAAACCAGCAACGAAAAACCUCUCUGUGCUAAACCGACAGCAACCAGUCCAACCGAUUCAUGGAAGAACAGACUGGGUUGCCAAGUAUGGCGGACAUCGUUAGAAGUGGCUUCGAUGGACGUUUUUAUGUAUAGGAUAUAAAAUACACCUGCCAAAAACUGCACAGAAGUAACGCAUCAUUAAUGCACGGCUAGGUCAUACGAGUUCUGGGGAAAAUGCAC